AUGGGUCAAAACCUCUCCCUCUCCGAGCCCUUCGCGGACACCUCAGGCGUGGUCCUCGCCCCCUGGGACCGCAAUGCCGACAUCCUAGUGGGCAUAUUCUGGGCCUGCUCACUGUACGCCAUCGGCAUGAUCUGGUGCGCCAUCGGCCUGCUACGGCGCUGGGCGGGAGGACCGGACAAUGAUCGCGGGGUUAAUAUAUUUUCGGUGUUGGCGGCGUUUUUGCUGUCAACGGGGUGGCCGGUGAUUUUGUUGUAUUUUGCUAUGUCGAGUCGGUAA